AUGGAUCAGGAGUUUUGGCCUGCCCUCCAAAGAAAAGGAGCGGAAAGAAUGUCGGAGCGGGCCGCGGAUGACGUCAGGGGGGAGCCGCGCCGAGCGGCGGCGGCGGCGGGCGGAGCAGCGGCGGCGGCCGCCCGGCAGCAGCAGCAGCAGCCCCCGCAGCCCCAGCGGCAGCCGCCGCCGCCUCGGCGCCUCCGGCCGGAGGACAGCGGCCCCGGCGCCGCCUCCACCUCGGCCGCCGCCGCCAUGGCCACCGUCGGGGAGCGCAGGCCCCUGCCCAGUCCCGAAGCGAUGCUGGGACAGUCGUGGAAUCUGUGGGUCGAGGCUUCCAAACUUCCUGGGAAGGACGGGACGGAACUGGACGAAAGUUUCAAGGAGUUUGGGAAAAACCGCGAAGUCAUGGGGCUCUGUCGCGAAGACAUGCCAAUAUUUGGUCUCUGUCCAGCCCACGAUGAUUUCUACUUGGUGGUGUGUAACGACUGCAAUCAGGUUGUCAAACCGCAGGCAUUUCAAUCACAUUAUGAAAGAAGACAUAGCUCAGCCAGCAAGCCUUCUUUGGCCGUUCCUCCCACGUCAGUAUUCUCCUUCUUCCCUUCUCUGUCCAAAAGCAAAGGCAGCAGUGCCAGUGGGAGCAGCCGCUCUGCCAGCGGCGGUGUUCUCAGCGCAUCCUCAUUAAGUUCCAAGCUGUUGAAAUCGCCCAAAGAGAAACUGCAGCCCAGGGGGAACACCAGGCCAAUGCAUCCCAUUCAGCAGAGUAGAGUCCCCCCGGCUAGAAUCAUGACGCCCUCUGUCAAAAUGGAAAAGCUUCAUCCGAAGAUGGAUGGUACACUACUGAAAUCUGCGCUGGGGCCAACCUGUCCUGCUACUGUGAGUUCCUCAGUCAAGCCUGGCCUUAACUGCCCCUCAAUACCAAAGCCAACCUUGCCUUCACCUGGACAGAUGCUGAAUGGCAAAGGGCUUCCUGCACCGCCCACUCUGGAAAAGAAGUCUGAAGAUAAUUCCAGUAAUAAGAAAUUUUUAAAUAAGAGAUUGUCAGAAAGAGAGUUUGACCCUGACAUACACUGUGGGGUGAUUGAUCUCGACACCAAGAAGCCCUGCACCCGGUCUUUGACAUGCAAGACACAUUCCUUAGCCCAACGGAGGGCUGUCCAGGGUAGAAGAAAACAAUUUGAUGUGUUAUUAGCCGAGCACAAAAACAAAACCAGGGAAAAGGAAUUGAUUCGCCAUCUGGACUCUCAGCAAUCAACACAGCCUCUCAGGGACCCGCAUCUCGCCCCUUCUAGAACUUCACAGGAGCCACACCAAAACUCUCAUGGAGUGAUUCCUUCCGAAUCAAAGCCUUUCAUAGCUAGUAAACCUAAACCUCACACCCCAAGUCUUCCAAGGCCUCCAGGCUGCCCUGCUCAGCAAGGUGGGAGUGCCCCCACUGACCCUCCUCCAGUCCAUGAAUCUCCACACCCUCCCCUGCCUGCCACUGAGCCAGCUUCUCGGUUAUCCAGUGAGGAGGGAGAAGGCGAUGACAAAGAAGAGUCUGUUGAAAAACUGGACUGUCAUUAUUCAGGUCAUCAUCCUCAGCCAGCAUCUUUUUGCACAUUCGGGAGCCGGCAGAUUGGAAGAGGCUAUUACGUGUUUGACUCCAGGUGGAAUCGCAUUCGCUGCGCCCUCAACCUCAUGGUGGAGAAGCAUCUGAACGCGCAGCUGUGGAAGAAAAUCCCUCCAGUGCCCAGCACCACGUCACCCGUCUCCACCCGUGUUCCUCACCGGACAAACUCACUGCCCACGUCCCAGUGUGGGGUCAGCUGUCUGGCAGCAGCCACCAUGUCUACAUCCCCAGCCCUGCUCUCCUCCACCUGCAGCUCCCCGAACAGCAAAUCGGUACCAGCUCACGGAACCACACUAAAUGCACAGCCUGCCGCCUCCGGGGCCGUGGACCCCGUGUGCAGCAUGCAGUCCAGACAAGUGUCCUCGUCCUCAUCCCCGUCCACACCCUCUGGCCUCUCCUCGGUGCCCUCCUCCCCUCUGUCCAGGAAACCUCAGAAGCUGAAGUCCAGCAAGUCUUCAAGGCCCAAGGAGUCUUCUGGGAGCAGCACUGACUGUCACCCCAGUGGCAGCCGGACCAGCGGCACCUCAGGGAAGAAGCGCAAAGCUGGUUCUCCACUGUUGGUUCACUCUGCCUCCGCCGCCGCCUCCGCCGCCUCUUCGUCUCAUUCCAUGGAGUCUUUUAGGAAGAACUGUGUGGCCCACGCGGGGCCACCCCACCCCUGCACAGUCACAUCUUCCCACGGCAUCGGCCUCAACUGCGUGGCGGGUAAAGCGAACUCGGUGAGCGUCCGGCACGAGCAGUCAGGGAGGGGCGCCCCCGGCGGGAGCCCCGCCGAGUCCAUCAAGAGGAUGAGUGUGAUGGUGAACAGCGGCGACUCCACGCUUUCCCUGGGCCCGUUCAUCCACCAGGCCAGCGAACUGCCCGUCAAUUCGCACGGCGCUUACUCACACGCGCACACUCCUCUGGACAAACUCGUAGGAAAGAAAAGGAAGUGCCCGCCUGGCACGAGCGGUGUCAGCAGCAGCAGCAGCAAACCCACUAAGGUCGCCAAAUUGCCAGCCAUGAACAAUGUCCACGUGAAACACGCAGGCGCCAGCCCAGCGGCAUCCGGACUGCCGAGCAGUUCCUUCCUUCAUCAGCCAAAGACACGUCCCUGA